CGAAAUUAAUAUGCAAUUCUUGGCAGCAACAGCAUCCAGUUCCAGGCACAGUCAGGGAUUCUUCUUCCGCCGUGGUUAGAGCUAUGAGGAGAGACAAAUUUGUUCGGCGCCGUUUCUACCGAGGGAACCAACCUCCGCUCGAAGCGAUGCAUAUUUUUGAUCUGACUCCACGAGAAGAACUUUCGUGGAUACAAUUUCAGCUUCUACUCUAGACCAUAAGAACAUAGGUUAGCUUUGAAUCAGCGUCCGUUUCGUAUGUGUUGAAAAUCGGUUCCGCCUUUUUCAAGUUGCGAAUCCACUACAAGUGCCAGCUCCUUGAGGCGAGGAAUCAUCACCGGACUUACCCGAAGUCGGAGACGGCUUUCGACUUGUGGAAGGAAGGACCCACAGCAGCAGAGUCACCACCUAUCUCUCCCUGCGCGGCGUGUUGCGUCAAGCACGCCCUUGCGGGCUUCCUGCGCAGCGCGAGAGUUUGCAGAAAGCUGUACUGCUGCCGCAAGCACGCGCCAGUGCAAUCUUCCGACGUCCUUCCAGUCUGGGGAUCCGUUCACAGUCACAGUGCGUCCCUCUAGAGUUUCACUGCAGUGGGGCAGCAACGCUCUGAAGCGGUAGAUAAUUUGGACACGAGCUUGCAGUGGCGGCAAAGUAGCGCCUAGUGCGGAACUACCGGUAUCACGACAAUCGGAGAGCAACUGCUGGCGUCACCAGUUCGUGCGCUAGCAGCAAACUCCUUCUGCGGCUAGCUACCCGCCGGGCGACAGCUACUGGCUCUUUCCCACCUGCAGGGCGCCCCUGCUGAUUCUGCAAGAAGAAGAGAAAGAGGCUGCACGAAGCUAGCUCGACCUUCACCGAAACAAAAAGCAAGUCGCUUUCGUCCACUUCCACAAAGGACGCCAAAAGUCGGAAUUAGAUAAAAGCACUUCCCUGUUGGCGUAGACAACGACGACUACUUCCCCAGGGCUGUAGAUCGACUGAGUCGAAAAACACGCGUAGUUCCUGCGUGCGCGCACAAGAACUUCGGCGAGUCCUCGUAAAACCAGUUUACAACUACCAUCCGAAGUCUGCGGUAAGAACAGCUCAUUUCUCUCACGGCACAAACAGCCACCAAACGCAAAGAUGUUGGCGGGUCGCAACAGCUCCUCGCUGGAGGACUUCGACUUCCUCAUCCGGCAGACGGAAACCACCCUGAUGCAAGUGCUCCGCGCGAACAAGCGGGAAGCGUACGAAAACACGGAGGAGUCCGCGCAAAAGGCGAUGGCCAUCACCAUGCGGGCCCAGAAGUCCGCGAAGCUGCACGGGAUAUUUUCCGGGUGGUACCGCCAGUGCAUGAGGGGAAAGUUGUCGGAAAGGGAUCACUACUGGAAACUGCAGGUAAAGAUGGAAUUACUUAUUUUGCGGCUAAGAUGCGAAAAUAAUCUGUUGUAGGUGCAGCAUGACAGAAAUAAAUCUCUUUCAUGUUGUACAUACAGGCAGGACAAAUCUACCGAACAAUGCAACAAAUUCCAGGUCGCCAGCCUCAAAACGAAGACAAGUCUCGGGCUCCAGCGAGCUCUGGGUGCAAUAUCAGACAAGACAAGUAGUGCGGUGUUGAAGUUUGCGUUUGUAUCCUGAGUAAAAACGUACCCACACCAGAGUCAGGAUGGGGAUUUUGCAACACAAACCUAGGAGUUUUGUGAGUCACGCAUGACAAGUUUCAGUCCGUAAGGUAGUGCAAGUUAGCAAGGAAAGCCGCAUCACAAAUCGACCUUCUGAUCCUGUUUACAGCAUUACAAGUUCCCAAAAACGAUUGAAAAUGCCUGUCAUGGGGUUGCGCAUCACAAAUGUUCCUGUCAUGGCAAAUCUGCAUGACAACUCUGGGGUGGGUACGUUUUUACUCAGGAUAGUUUGAAGCUUGGAAAGAGGAAAGGGCAAAAUCUUUUCAGGAGAGAUACCGCAUGCUGCUCUACGAAGUGAAGCAUAAGGUAGGAGAAAUUCUUGUUUUUCAUCGGCUGUUGUUUGUGUUUGUCAUGUGUUUUCCCAAUAUUUAUCAAUAUGCAGUUGCAGUAUGUGAUUUUUCGUGUACACAUGGACAUGAAACAACGCAAAUGCAUUCAACGUUUUUACCAGGGCGCCGCGCAAAUGAAAAGGAUACUGACGCACAUGUGCGGAAACAACGAUCUAGUUUUUGCCCGGACGAUCUUUAUCGGCUGGAAAGAAUUUGUGCAGGAGCAGCUGACAAAAAGGAGAGAAAACAGCUGGAGGUACUUACUACACAUAGUAGCACCGCUUACUUUGUUUAUUGUGUUGCAUGACUUCGUCCACUGGUAGUGCACACAUUCACUCCAGAAGCACAUGACAAAUACACAUUUUUCCAUCACAACAUUCUCUAGGUCUGCCGUGAACGAAAUGAAGCAGCAUUCGCGACACGCCCUGCUCCAGCGCACCAUCGCCAUGUUUGAACUGCAGGACGACUCGCUCCAGCGGGGCUACUUCCAGGCCUGGAAAGAUCACUACGUAGAGGAGAAGUUGACAAAGCACAAAACCACCUGGCUCCAGAACAACUCGGAGCUGAAGGAACGCUUCCGCGACCAGAUAAAACAGAGGAUCUACAUGCAGUGCUACACGCAACACAGUCUGCUGAUGAAGCACGUGUAUACCCUCUGGAAGGACUACGCCCUGCGAACAAGAAUACACCGGAUGGAAGAGGCUUUAAAAACCGCAAGAUUCGAUACGGACGACCUCGGGACCAAGUACUUACAUUUUACAAUUUGGUGUAGCCGCUUUGGUCCUUUUCUUGCGGCGUACUGGUAAUACCGGACCGACAUGAGAAACUUGCGUCGUCUGUGCGCCGCAUUCUUGUUCAUGCAUCAUUUCAAAUUUACAGAUUCAAAUUCAAUUUGAAACAAAACUACAACCCAGACUCGCCGAGCAGAAAUUGAAAGCGAAUUCCGCAGUGAAAAAAUCUUUGGUGGCGAUGCUGGGGUCGCAGACGGAACUGAUAAGACAGUCGUCCUUCAACGGGUGGCAGAAAGUUUACGUGGACCAGAAGUUCCAGAUAUCCACAGUAAAUGUCCCGUACACGUACAAAUGCAGUCUCUGCAUGACAAAACUUGCCUUGAGUCCUAGUCUAGCAUGACAAGUUGGACACUGCAAGUUAGCGAAAUUUGUCAUGCAUUUUGUACAUGUACGGGAAAUUUACAUUGCAUACCAGAAGCAAGCCGAUCUAGCGAAAAAGUUCCAGGACUCGGAAAAGAAGUGGAAGCAGUCCAUGUCCGGUUUAUCAAAUGUAGUAAAAAUGUCUGGGUCUGGAAGAUUGCAACUUGUCGUGCUAAAUCUGCAGCAUGCAAAAAUCUGUGUUGCAUGAUUACCAAAAGUCGCCCAGUUUUGACCAAGUUGGGAGGGAGUUUCUCAUGCAGGAUAGGCAUUAGAAAGGUCUCGCAGAAUCUGUCAUGCUAGGUCCUGCAUUCCAGACCUCAUGGGUCAUGGAAAAGCAGCAUGACAAAUCGCGCACUCUUCCAGACCCAGACACUUUUACAUUUGAUACGGGCUGUUGAAAAACCACGACAGCCUGAUCGGGAAGCACAUCUUCGAGACCUGGAGGAGGAUGACCAACGAGAACCACUGCAUUCGCAUGCGGGAGCGGAUGCUGGAGCAGAAGAUGAAGGAGUCAAAGCGGUUCCAGCACGCACUAAUCUCGAUGUUUGACUCGCAACAGCACCUGUACUUCCAGCAAAUCUUCGCGAACUGGAAGGAACUCGGUAUGGACCGGAUGAUGCGAAAAAAGGAACAAGCAGUCUACGAGCAGUCAAAACGGGAAUACAAAAUGGCCAACAUGGAUCGGAUGAACGAGGUACUAGAAAUAUGCUAAAAAUGAAAAUCGGUUUUGUUACUGUUUAUUUAUCAUGUUGAUGUUGAUGUUGGUACUGAGGCCGUGUCAUGAUUCAUGUGUCGUUAUCUUCUCUGCCUUGUGUUUUCGGAUCGUGUGAUGAACAACCGGCACUAGAAAUGAAGCCGGUUAGUGAAAAAUACACAGGUCGUCUCGCGCAUGAUCGGCGACAGGACGGGCCUGAUGAUACAGCAUGUCUUCAAAAAUUGGAACCGGUACGCCUUGACUCAGCAAGCAACGAAGUGGCUAUCAGAUGUAAAAGUGUCUGGGUCUGGAAGAAUGCAUGUUUGUCAUGCUUGUCUGGCAUGACUCUUAAAUCUGUCAUGCACGUUACCCAAGAGCCCCGUUUUUCUGUGAUGCAGAAACGCAGUUUGUCAUGCAGAAUAGGCAACACCUAGAAGCUCAGAAACUUGCCAUGCUGAGCCAGCACUUGUGGCUUCAUCAUGAGACGCCACCCAGCAUCACAAGUUUUCAGACCCAGACACUUUUACAUUUGAUAGUGGCAGAGAAAAUACCACGAAGACACCAGUAGGCUCAAGCAGAAAAGCCUGACAGCGGUAUUUUAUUGCCAUGCUGCUAGUAUUGUGAUUCUGAUUGUCCAGCAACGGGUAUCCCUGUCAUGCAGUUCUCGCAUUCUUGAUCUUGUGAUGUUGAUGUAGUUGUCAUGCUCAUGUGCGCACGAACAAAAUCUCUCAUGCAGCAAAAGAACCACUACUGUACACCACACAAUUUUCCAGAUAAAGAAGUCCAUGCUGAUGAUGUUUGACGGCAAGCUGGAGCUCCUAGUCCGGCAGGUAUUCAGCUCCUGGCAAGAAUGCGCAGUGGAAUACCGGAACAAGAAGAAACAGGAGGAGUCGAAGCAGAAGCUGAGAAUACAAGCCUCGGAACGGUUGAAGGCGACCAUGAUGAACUUUUUGAAGUCCAGCGAGCACGUCUUGCAGCAAACCGUUUUCUCCGCUUGGAAAGACCGAUGGGUAUCACGGCAGUUGUCAAAAAUCGACAAAAUACGCUCGGCCUACGAUGAUAUCAAGGAAAAAGCGGUGCUGAACGGUUGCCGGGCGUGUGAGGUACAACAGAACAAAAUUAUACAGGAGAACCAUUCUGGUUUCGAGUUCUUUGUGAUUCAAAAGCUGCACGGAACUAAACUUUGAGCUGUCAUCCAAAAGCUUUCUCUCCAUUUGGAUUUACGUUAGCAGCAACGGUGAGGAGAGCCAGAGCAUUCACUAAUUUGAAUAAAUCGCUCUGCCCCAUCUUCAGGUCACCGUGUUCUGGGAGAAUAACUACAUCGCCAAGUCCUACUUCACCGCGUGGAAAGACGCGUGCGUCAAGGAAUCCUGGAGAAAUUCGCUGGCGAAGUGGCGAGACACCUUCACGGCACUAGAGACGAAAGUACGGCAGGAAGCGCAGGCGAAACCCACCACCGUGGAACAGAAGCUUUCGUGCGCGGAGUUCGAAAUCAAGGGGUUGCUCGACGCUCUGUUGAAGACGCACGGGAUGACAAGUAAGGACUUCGGGGACAAGGAGACCAUGAAGGAGUGGGUGGAUGCACAGGUAGGAAUUAUCGCAAGAAAAAACUGUUUCACUGCGAACUUGUGAUGCAUAAAAUGGAACGCAGAAGCAUUUGUCUUGCUACACAUGCAAGAAAAUAGAUUUUUAGCUGUGUUUCCCCUUAGGAAGCUUGCAUGGCAAAUUUUCUCUGUCAUGUAGAACAAACUUGUGAUGCAAAUCUUGCAAAAUCCUUACAGUGAAACAGUUUUUUCUUACGAUAGGAAUGUGUUCAUGAUCCUUGUCAUUCGACGGUGCACAUCAAGCAGUUAAUGCUAAGCAUGGGGGUGCUAUCGCUAAUAUGUAAAGCGGCACAGAAAAUACGCAUUAUCUAUCGUAUCAUGCUAAAAGAAUGGAAUUGGAAAUACUUCUUAUCAGGUUGGCUUCAAGUCGCAGCUGAUCGUGCCACCGGGCAUGAAAUCGCGCAAAGACAAGGAAAACAACGCGUAUUACGGCAUGGCGGUCGAUCAUCUGAGCCAAGUCGCCACGCAGCUCGGCUCCCCGGCGAAGACCAACAGCACGGUUUUCUCCACCCGCAGUCGGAAGCCGAUGUACUAAAGAGCCACUCGCGGACUUCUGCUUCUCAUCGUGUGUUGCUGGCGUGUGGACAUGAUAAUUGUCAACACGUCCUCUGGGAACCCCAGAGAGCAGCCGAGCAGUAUCAUGUGACGCAGCACUUCUCGCGAUGUCUAUGUAAGAAAAUCCCCACCUGAUAAAGCUGAUGUGGACAGCAUGUAGCUCUCCCCGCCUUAUCCACCUCGCGCCGCUGGACAACACCAGAACCAACUAUGUUGAGGAGCUACGCCCCCAUUUAUUGCGCAUGAGAAACUUUAUACACUUGUAGUAACGGUAAUAUAAAUAUUACCAUACCAGAUCUGUUAAUUCACACACUGAGAUUCAAUAUAUCGCUAUCGCAUAGAUGUUAAAAAUCAACGAAAUCACGCAGCAAAAAGUAAUGAACAAGGAUAAAUUCCCGAUGCCGAAAUUGGUUGUAACUUUGAACGACCGAACACACCGAUUUUCUACGUAAGUUCUGCCGCAAAAAAAUCAAGUCCUCUCGCCGCUACGUACUCAAUAUUUCCGAGCACCCCGCCGUUCCUUUCAGAUAAACCGUGCCGCAAGCAACAACUCAUAUCUUUCGCGGACGCGGCGCUCAGCUGCCCUGGCUUCGCACAAGCCCUAGCCAGGAGUAUGCUUUCUUGGAACUCUGUCUUCGACAGAUCUGCGGAGAACGAGAACCAGCAGCCCAUAAUCCGUAAGUAUGCAUUUUUACCAAGAAAUAUUUACCUCGACCACGACCUUUUACGUUUAGUUUACCUCCGCUUCGUUGCUUUUUCAGAUGCAGUACUAUGCACGGUCGCAGCAACCAGAAAAGUGUCGUUUGCCGACAUAGCAACUGACCUUUCAUUUUUACUACGCGCGCGCAAAGAUGAACGAGAACCCCAACCGAAAAUGAUGAAGAAAAAAAACCGAAAAAUAUCAUAGGAUCACG